AUGUUUACUGAACAGACUCACCUCACAACCACCCAAUACGGCCUUACUGCGGGGGCGCUCCUGCUCGCAUACUACCUUGUUCCUUACUUGCUCGACCCGCACGACUAUCGUCGUAGGUUUUCUGGGCCCCUCGCUGCAUCCCUCAGCAACUGGUGGCUCUCGAAUAGUACGCAGUCUGGACGUCACUCUGAGAUUAUCCAUGAGCUUCAUGAGAAAUACGGAAAGUUUGUCAGGAUUGGUCCUAACCACAUCAGUAUCGCCGAUCCAAAUGCUCUAGAUGCAAGUAUCAGUAAAUUAUUCUAUGGUAUACGUCACGAUGCUAACAAAGAACCAACUUCGCAGGCUGUAUACGGACACUCGAAUGGGCUACUAAAAUCCGAGUUUUAUGAAGCCUUCAAAGCCGAUCCGAACGGCAACGUGUUUAACAUUCGAGACAAGGCCGUUCACACAAUGAAGCGCAAACGCAUCGCUAAUAUCUUCAGUGCACAAAACGUCCAGGCCUUUGAGCCACGCGUCCGGAGCCACGUUGAAAAGUUCUGUUCCCAGUUAGACAUCAGGUGUGAGGAGGCUCUGAAAGGUGUCUCCGGCUUCAACUGGGAUGCCAAGGAUGGCAGAGUUGUUCUCAACAUGUGUCCUCAGUUCUCUUACAUUGCAUUCGACAUCAUCACGCAAAAGGACUCGAUCCCUGCCGCUUUGUCUCUCAUCUCCAAUAAGAAAGUUGCAGACUUGCCAGUUAUUCACAUGAUAGCCCAGGGAACAAUUGGUGCCGUGGCUCUCGCUCCUCAUCCUCCACUGCUCCAGAAGAUACUCCUUUUCGGUGCACCCUGGCAUAUCCCAGAUCUAAUUGCUCGCCGCGACUUUGUGGAAGUCACCAAGGCGGCUGUCAACACACGGAUCAGCAAAGUGGAGAACGGAACGAUCGAUAACGAGAAUAGAGAAGAGAUCGAUGCUGAGGCUUUGGUGACCAUCGGAGCCGGCAGCGACACCACAAGCAACUCACUCGGUGCUCUCUGUUACUACAUUGCUUCGCACCCCCAGGUCAAGAAGACACUCCAGGAGGAACCUCUGCUGACCCGGUCCCUGUAUAGCUCACUCGGUGCUCUCUGUUACUACAUUGCUUCGCACCCCCAGGUCAAGAAGACACUCCAGGAGGAACUCGAUUCAGUCCAUGCUUCUGCUGACCAAGGUGAACCUGAACUCGCAUAUGGCCUUGCCAGCUUUGAACAGGUCAAGAACCUUCCCUACCUCAACGCUUGCAUAAAAGAAGCUCUACUGGCGGGUGAGACGUUCAACGAGGGGAGCAUCAUCAGCGUCCCCUCGUACUCUACCAACCGGUCAAAUGUGUGGGGUACGGAUCCCGAAGUGUAUCGUCCAGAGCGCUGGCUGGAUGGUGGAUCGGAGGCACUGAACAAGUAUUACGUCCCUUUUUCAACUGGCCCACGUGCUUGCGUUGGUCGCAAUCUUGCCAACAUGAACAUGAUAUUGAUCUCCGCUACAUUCUUCCACCGAUAUGAUGUUGAGUUGGCUACUCCUACCACUCAGUUUGAGGUCAAGGAGGGAUUUGUUCGAGAAGCAGUUAAAUGCAAUGUGGCGAUCAAACGUCGUGUUUAA